GCGACAUCUUGGCUCCACCAGAUUGGAAGCUUCUCGCGGGGAUUGUCGGCGCGCGACCUGGAGGGACGAGACGUGGAGACUGGGGAUCGAUAUCACAGCGUCAUGCGGGGGGUCGCGCAUUGAAUCCCCGUGGGGAAAGCAGAGCUGACAGAUCCAGGAAGAGGUGAAAUUUGCGUCGAGGACUCGAGGUGGGAUGGUGGGGGUUUUGCGUUGCAAUUUGGACGGUAUAAAAGGCCUGGCUGGGAUUCGCACGUCGUACUUAAUUUUGAUUCUUUCGACCAGACACACUCUCCACUCUUCUUUCUUGUUUAACUCCUCUUUCUCCCUCGUUUUUUCUCCUGUUCGCUCGUGUCGUGCUGGUCGAAGAUGGCUACCAACGAGCCUGCCGAUCCCAUCCCGAAAGGCAUCUGGGCCACCACCAAGCAGGCCUGGAAUGACCUUUUCAUCUGGAAGCAGCGUGUGGAAGUCACCAACGAGUAUGGCGAGACUCGUACCGAAUGGCAGUCCCCCGAACCUCUGAAGAAUCCCGUCAGCUUGUUCAUGCAGCUGAGCGCACGCGACUGGUUGUUCUUCAUCGUCGGCUUUACAGCCUGGACGGCCGAUGCAUUUGAUUUCCAUGCGCUGUCAAUUCAGACUGUCAAGUUGUCAAAAUACUAUGAUCGCUCCAAGACGGACAUCAGCACGGCCAUCACUCUCACCCUGUUGCUGCGCAGUGUCGGUGCCGCGGCCUUUGGUCUGGCUGGCGACAAGUUCGGCCGCAAGUGGCCUAUGGUCAUCAACAUGAUUGUGCUGGGUGUGCUGCAGAUUGCCACGAUCUAUAGCAGAACAUUCCAACAGUUCCUGGCGGUGCGCAGUCUAUUCGGGUUGUUCAUGGGAGGUGUGUAUGGUAACGCCAUUGCCAUGGCUUUGGAGCAUUGCCCGGUGAACGCCCGUGGAUUGAUGUCGGGUAUCUUGCAGCAAGGAUACUCGCUGGGAUAUGUGAUUGCAGCCUGCGCGAAUCUGGGAGUGGGCGGCGGGACGGAGACCUGGAAGACGGUCUUUUGGAUCGCAGCCGGUAUCUCCAUCGGCGUCGGUCUCGUUAGAAUCCUCUUCCCCGAGUCCAAACAAUUCCUGGAGGCCAAAAAGGCCGGAAAGCAGUCGAAAGACGCCAAGGCAUUCUGGCAGGAAACGAAGCACAUGCUGGGCCAGGAAUGGAAGAUGUGCAUCUACUGCGUCAUCCUGAUGACCUGGUUCAACUACUACUCUCACACAUCGCAGGACUCGUACACGACUUUCAUGCUGACCCAGAAGGGGUUGGACAACCCGCAAGCGUCGCGCGCCUCGAUUCUGAUGAAGACAGGCGCCUGCGUGGGCGGGACUAUCAUGGGCUAUCUGUCUCAGUUCUUCGGUCGUCGGCGCACCAUCAUCGUCGCGGCUUUCUUGUCCGCCGUUCUGAUCCCCGCGUGGAUCCUGCCCAACACCGAGCGAUCGCUCAGCGCGACGGGCUUCUUUAUUCAGUUCUUCGUCCAGGGCGCAUGGGGUGUUAUUCCCAUCCACUUGAACGAGCUGUCUCCGCCGGCGUUCCGUUCGUCGUUCCCCGGUAUCACCUACCAACUAGGCAACAUGAUCUCUUCGCCGUCGGCGCAGAUCGUCAACGCUAUCGCCGAGAAAACGUUCGUGAAAGGCCCUGGGGGUGAGCCGGCUCCCGCUUACGGGCCCACCAUGGGCGUCGCGACAGCCAUCAUCGCCACGGGAAUUAUGGUCACCACGGCCUUUGGACCCGAGAAGCGCGGUCGACGAUUCGAAACGGCCGUAGCAGGCGUAGACUCGAACCCUGUAGCGGAGCAGAAGAUCAAGGACAUCGAGGCGGGAUACGAGAUGGAACACAAGGCGACGGAAGAGCGCGUGGAACGAGCCGACAAGAUCUAGAUGAACGACACCUAAACUCAAGCAUCAGAGGAAUAACGAGAAAGGAUCGAAGUAGAGAUGAGAGAUGACAUGACGAGACUACUUGGAAACACGUCAAUAUUAAUAUCCGGCCUGUGGCAAGCGAGAUGUACUUAGUCUUUAAUAUUAGGGAAUGACAAUGGGAUAUCAAGAUAU